GAGGAGGAGGAGGAGGGGGUUGUGCGCGCGGGGAUAAGGCGCCCGCACUGCGCACGCGCAGCGCCCCUCACGGACUCCAACUGCCGGCAGCCCCCGCGCGCGCCGCGAGGCCUCCCCCCGCGCGGGGCGGCCACAACCCCGCCUGCUCCGCCUUCCGGCCGCGCCUCGCCGCCGCUCGCCGUUGCCCACCCCGGGCCUUCAGCGGGAUCCCCCCGGUGCCUCCUGCCCUUCCCCCGCAACGCCGUUCUCCCGCGCCCUCCGCGCAGGCACUCUCCGCGGACGCCCCGCGCUCCGAGGCCCCCUCUCUCUCUCUCCGCGCGCGCCCACUCUCCCGAUUGGCCGCCGCGCGCUGCGUACCCUCUCCUAUUGGCCGAGCCCUGCCGCCCCUCCCCUCCAGGCGGGCGUGCCCUCGCGCGGCCCCGCCCUUCCCCUAUAUAAGCCCCGCCGGGCCGGCGCGGCGCUGCCAUCGCGGGCGGGAGGCGGCGGGCGCGGACGCCCCGCGCGCGCGGCUCCCCCCCUCCGCUCCUCCGGCGGCGCAUGCGCGGGGGCGGCGCGGCGCAGCGCGCAGGCGCGGGCCGGGCCGCCAUGGCGGCGGCGCCUGAGGCCUUCCUGGUGCCGCCGCCGCCGCCGCCUCCUCCCGCCGCCGCCGCCGCCGCCGCCCCGCCGGGCCCCGCCGAGCCCCCGCGGCCCCGCAACGGCCUCCGCGCCGCGGGCGGCGGCGGCGGCGGGAAGCGGCGCAGCAGCUGCGGCGCCAAGCAGCCGGCGUGGAAGCGGCGGCGCCGCGCGGCCUCGGAGUGCGGCCCGGUGCUGCCGUCGGAGUUCCUGCUCGGCGGGAACAUCUUCGACCCGCUGAACCUCAACAGCCUGCUGGACGAGGAGGUGAGCCGCGCCCUGAACGCGCGCACGCCGCAGUCCUCGCCGCUGCCGCAGCGCGGCCGCGACCCGGUGGAGAUCCUGGUGCCGCGGGACAUCACGGACCCGCUGAGCCUGAACGCGCCCGGCGAGGCGCUGCGCCUGGCCUCGCCCGCCAAGAGCGCCCGCCGCCGGCACCGCCACCGCGGCCAGCAGCGCGCCGCCACCGCCAACAGCGCCUCCGGUACCGCCGGCGCCGCCUCCGGUACCGGCAGCGGCGAGGAGAGCGCGCCGCCCGCCGAGCCCUCCGCCGCCGCCCCCGCCCCGCCGUGCCCCGCCGCGCUGCCCGCGCCCGGCCGCCACCGCAAGCGCCGACGGACUUGCAGCAAAUCCGAGGCGCCUCGGCCGCCUCCUCCUCCUCCUCCUCCUUCCUCCGGUAAAGCGGGCGGGAAGGCGGCGCAGCGGCCGCGGCGGCAGGCGCGCAAGUUCCAGUACGGGAAUUACUGCAAGUACUACGGGUACCGCAACCCCGACGUGGAGGACGCGCGGCUGCGGGCGCUGCGGCCCGAGUGGUUCGCGGGCAAGGAGGUGCUGGACGUGGGCUGCAACGUGGGCCACCUGACGCUGAGCAUCGCCAAGCGCUGGGCGCCCGCCCGCGUGGUGGGGCUGGACAUUGACGGGCGCCUGAUCCGCUCGGCGCGCCAGAACAUCCGCCACUACCUGUCCGAGGGGCUGGCGGCCGACGGCGAGGCCAGGAAGGGCUUCCCGGCCGCCCUGCUGGCCAGCCGCGGCCCCAUCGCCGCGCCGCAGCUGCCGCCCGACGGGCCCGGCGCCGCCGAGUUCCCGCACAACGUGGUGUUCGUCACGGGGAACUACGUGCCGGAGCGCGAGGAGGCGGUGGGCGCGCAGCGGCCCGAGUUCGACGUGGUGCUGCUGCUGUCGCUGACCAAGUGGGUGCAGCUCAACUGGGGCGACGAGGGGCUCAAGAGGCUCUUCAGGAGGGCCUUCCGCCACCUGCGGCCCGGGGGGCUGCUGCUGCUGGAGCCGCAGCCCUGGGAGUCCUACCGCAAGCGCAAGGGCCUCACCGAGACGACGUACCGGAACUACCAGCGGAUCCGCCUGCGGCCGGAGCAGUUCCCGGCGUACCUGACCUCGGCCGAGGUGGGCUUCGAGCGCUGCGAGCUGCUGGGCACGCCCCAGCACGGCUCCAAAGGUUUCCAGAGGCCGAUUUAUCUCUUCCACAAGGGCCGAGGCGACGCCCCCCUGAGCCCCCCCAAACUCCCCCAAAACCCCCCCCUGAGCCCCCCCGGGCCGGGGGAGGGGCCAGCCCCUCCCCCGCCGCUGCCAAACGGGGGGAGGGGCGCGGUUUGCCCCCCUCCCCCCCCGUUUUCGGGGUGUCCCUCCCCCCCCCGGUUUGCUCUGUCAGGGGGGGCCCCAAUAAAGGAGGUGAUUGGUCAGAGCUGGGGGGUCUUUUGGGGAGGGGGCGCGUUUAUUGGGGGGAUUUUGGGGUAG